AUGGCACAAGACUUAGCAACCAAAGUUAGAGAGACGUAUGCCAACGCGGCCAAGAACGGUUAUGUUCAUUUCUUCCAAUCGGAUAGCAAAAAACUAAAGGAUCCCGAGACUGGGGUCCAGUACAUGGUAACACAUGCGCCAAGCCUUUUGAAGAAACCAGAAAGAGGUGACAAGGAAGCAGAAAAACGCAACCCAUUUGCAGAGCCAGAACCUGAGCUCACUGUGUGCGAAGAUCUGUUCGGCGAGGGUGAGUACAAACUAUUACUGAACAAGUUCCCCGUUGUUCCAGAGCACUUGCUGCUAGUCACAAAGGAGUUCAAGCCUCAGACAAGCACAUUGAGCCCCAAGGACCUCAUUACUGCUUACAAGCUGCUGCAAGAGUUGGAUGACGAGGACGAGAUGGUGAGAAACGUUGUGUUUUACAAUUGCGGUGCCAGCAGUGGUUCUUCGCAAGAUCACAAGCAUCUGCAAAUGUUCAAGCUGCCUGAAAAGUUUACUUUGUUUCAGGACAGAUUGUGCAAUGGCAAAGAACAUUAUGUGCCCAACGUUCGGACGGAGCCUCUCCAGGACUCAAAGCUCUCAUUCGCUCACUUCGCUGUUCCGUUGCCCGAUGAGAAGGAAGUGGAUGAGGAACUACUGGCAAUGACUUUCGUUUCUCUUCUGCAAAGAACUUUGACCUUUUUCCAGGACUGGACCAACGAGAAACCCGAGUUGGAAACAGGCUACAAUGUUUUGUUAACCAAAGAGUGGCUAUGUGUAGUUCCUCGUUCUGCAUCGAAGAGCAAAGAACUGAAUAUUGGUCUGAACGCAACAGGCUACGCAGGUUUAGUGCUGGUCAAGCACGAGGAUGUGUGGGAGAAGCUUCAAGAAAACCCUCACCUCAUCGAUAAGCUCCUUCUAGAAUGUGGUUUCCCAAACACUGCGGGACAAAGUUCUAACGAAUACCACUAUUAA